AUGCGACGUCCGGACGUGUUUAUUUUUCAUUUCCGCCCGCACCGGCCGAACCCUCGGGCUCGGCCGCCCCCGCACUCUGGUGCAAAUACGAUCGAAAGGAGGAAACCGCUCUCAUGUCGGGGUUACGCACAGGAAUUGCUAGAAAUUUUCCUCGUACGCUCGCACGAACUUGUAAAUAGGUACAGAGCUGAUGUGGAGCGAAAACCUUCGGUGGCUCCGCGCGCGUCCAAUGUGCCGGUUCGUUUAUCUCAAUAUCUCAGACGGGCGGACGCGUACGUGCCGAACGCGGACGAGACACGAAAGGAAAUGCUGCAACUGUUCCACACAUUCGAUACAUGCAACCCUCAGCACAUGGGAAGUAUACAACAGAAAAUACAAUACCAUAGUAUUCACGUGCCUUACGACCGUUUUUACGAA